AUGACUGGACUGUAUGGGUACUCUGCUCCAGACAUGCAUCACCUCAGACGCAUCGUGAUGCCAAUCCAGCUGGCUUGCUGUCUCCUGCUGUGUCCUGUGGAUGCCUUUUCAUCCAGCGAACCAAGUCCCUCUACGACGCUCCCUCCCUCAGCGCUGGGAUACCAGUUGCCCUCCUCAGACCCCUUGUCCUGCCAGAUCCUGCUCCCAAAGUACCUGCCUGGCUUCACUCACAUGCCCCCUCUCCCCAAGUUCCUGGUAGGCCUGGCUCUGAGGAAUGCUCUGGAGGAAGCUGGCUGCCAGGCUGAUGCCAGGGCUCUGCAGCUUCAGCUUUACCGACUGGGAGGUGUGGAGGCUACCCAGGCCCUCAUCCACCAUCUUCAAGAGCUCCACAAAAGUGGACACUCGGACUGGCAAGUGUCUGUGGACAACCUGUCCUCUGCUCUGCAGCUCUUAGCCUGGGAGCAGUCGGGUCCAAGGAGGGUCCAACGCUCGUUUUCUGAUGUGGACUGCGACAAUGAACAGGAGCAGAGUGUACACGAUUUGGUCCAGCUGCUGCCAGGAGUAGGGACCUACUACAAUCUAGGCACAGCUUUCUAUUACGCCACUCAGAGUUGCUCUGACAAGGCCAAGGAGCGAGGCCAAGAUGGGGCCAUAGAUCUGGGUUAUGACCUUUUGAUGGCCAUGGUGGGUCUGUCCGGGGGGCCAGCUGGUGUGGUGAUCAGUGCCGCUCUGAAGCCAGCAAUGAAGGCUGGGGUUCAGCGGCUGAUCCGAUAUUAUUAUGAUGAAGAACGGUGAACAUCCCCUAAGCCGGAGACCAGGAAGGAUGGGACCCCAGAUGGCAGGGACUUGGAAGAAACAACCACGGCCACUUUGGUGUCGGAAGUUGAAAGUACAUCUUCCUACGGUGGGCAAAACUUAGUCAAAAACUAUAGUGCCUUAGCAUACAAGAGGUAG